GAGGAUGAGUGUGACAUUCGGGGCGGAGAUGAAGCUUCAAAAAAGAUUAAGAAGGCGAGGAUGAUGAUGAUCAUAUAGAAAAUAUCACGUGUGGAGAAACUGGAUGUUGGUUUAAAUGCUCACAAUUUAUAGCCUCAAGCUGGAAGGGAGGGGAGAGUAAAACUUCAUGAGAAGCGGCAGUCUCUCAUUUUCUGGAUCAAGCAGGAGGGACGGAUCAUGGAGGGACCCCCUCAUGUUGACAACGUAUGAAAGCUGGGCAGCACUCACCGGGAGAGCAACUGCUGUAACGUUUCCUAUUCAUCAUCAUCAUCCUCAGCAGCAUCAUCAGCAUCAUCAUCGUCAGUGCGAGCGGCACGCACCUCACUUGCUCCACAUCCUCGGGGCCACGAGAGCGCCAGGGCGCAAAGAUGAACAUCCAAGUCCUGCCUGAGCACAAACUGUCCUCGGUGGCCCCGCUGAAACAGUUUAACGUGGAGAAAAAGGAAGUGGAGCUGAUCCUGGUAAAGGAGCAGAAUGGGGUCCAGUACACGAACUCCUCUGUCGUGGCCUCUCCGAGCUCCCGCGGCUGCACCUCCGGCUCCGCUGAGACUGUGACCAGGGAGACCUGGGGCAAGAAACUGGACUUUCUGCUCUCUGUCAUAGGCUUUGCUGUGGACCUGGCCAAUGUGUGGAGGUUCCCCUACCUGUGCUACAAAAAUGGAGGAGGUGCCUUUUUGAUCCCAUACGUUCUGUUCCUGUUCAUUGCUGGGAUGCCCCUGUUUUACAUGGAACUUGCCCUGGGUCAGUAUAACAGAGAGGGAGCAGCUACCGUUUGGAAGAUCUGCCCUGUAUUUAAAGGCGUCGGCUACACUGUGAUCAUCAUAGCAUUGUAUGUGGGCUUUUACUACAACGUCAUCAUAGCUUGGUCGUUGUAUUACUUAUUUGCCUCAUUGACGAGUGAGCUGCCCUGGCUCAAGUGUAAUAACCCGUGGAACAGCCCAAACUGCACAGAACCACAAAACAUCAAUGGCACCCUCUUGGGUAACGGAACCUCCUAUGCCAAGUACAAGCACACACCGGCUGCAGAGUUCUACGAGCGUGGGGUUCUGCACAUUCAUCAGAGUAAAGGUAUCCAUGACCUGGGUCUUCCUCGCUGGGACCUCGCCCUGUGCCUUGUUGUGGUUGUCUUCAUCCUCUACUUCAGCCUGUGGAAAGGAGUCAAAUCCUCUGGAAAGGUGGUGUAUAUUACAGCUACUAUGCCCUACAUAGUGCUGUUGGUGUUGCUGAUUCGAGGCAUCACUCUCCCUGGUGCAAUGAAUGGAAUUAGGGCAUAUCUCCAUAUUGACCUAAAGAAGCUCAAUAAUCCCCACGUAUGGAUUGACGCAGCUACUCAGAUUUUCUAUUCGCUAGGAGCCGGGUUUGGAGUUCUCAUUGCCUUCGCAAGCUACAAUAAAUUUGACAAUAACUGCUACAGGGAUGCUAUUCUGACCAGCACAAUAAACUGCGUAACCAGUUUCUUCUCAGGGUUUGCCAUCUUCUCAGUACUGGGGUAUAUGGCUCAUCAGCAUAAUGUCAACAUAAAGGAUGUGGCCACUGAGGGAGCUGGACUGGUAUUUAUUAUCUACCCAGAAGCGAUCUCAACUCUACCUGGGGCUACAUUCUUUGCGAUAGUCUUUUUCAUUAUGCUUUUGACCCUUGGAAUUGACAGUUCUAUGGGUGGCAUGGAGGCAGUGAUCACUGGGCUGUCAGAUGACUUCAAAAUCCUGAAGAGGAAUAGAAAAUUAUUUACAUUUGCCGUCGUAUUUGGGACAUUCCUUAUGGCCCUUCUGUGCAUCACAAAUGGAGGGAUCUAUGUGUUGACCCUGUUGGACAAGUAUGCUGCAGGGACGUCCAUUCUAUUUGGGGUGCUGAUUGAGGCCAUUGGAGUAGCUUGGUUCUAUGGCGUGGACAGAUUUAGUGAGGACAUUGAACGCAUGAUGGGCUUCAAACCAGGGAUCUACUGGAGGCUCUGCUGGAAGUUUGUCAGUCCAGCGUUCUUACUGCUUGUGGUAAUCGCCAGCAUUGUUACCUCCGGCGACCUGAGAUAUGAUGAUUAUAUUUUCCCUUCCUGGACAAAGACAGUGGGCUGGUUCAUAGCCUUGUCCUCCAUGCUGUCUGUACCAAUCUACGCCAUCUACAAAUUCCUUACUUUGCCAGGCACUUUCAAGGAGAGAACAGCAUACUGCAUUACUCCACAACAUGAACAUCACAUGGUGAAGGAGGGUAAUGUCAGGCAGUUCAAGCUUAGACAUUGGUUAUCCAUCUGAUGAAGGGGUCAGGUGGGAGUGCCCUCUCAAAUGCUACUUGAAUGCUGGAGAAGAUAUGGUGUGUGAGAGAGAGAAAGGUUUCCGCAAAGGUCUCUUAGAGUUUGAAAAAAAGUGUCUCCUAAGAAAAGGACAGAAUGAAGCGAUGGCUUUGAGCGUUUCCCAACCACACACUGUACUGUCCAGUCUGCUCCAUUUGUGUUCAGUGGUUGACUAGACUUCUGUAGGGCAAAAUAAAUGUUGCGCCUGUAUUUUUGUUUUUAAACCAUACCCUUAGGAUUUAGUCCAAACUCUCUAAGGACCUCAAAAUACUUUAAGCUUGGAGCAAAACAGGUGUUUUCCACUUUAAAGUUUUCUUUUUAUAAUUGUUUUAUUCUAGUUUUAGUUUUUGAUGGUUAUAGGUCAUUGUGAAAAUGUAAGCAGAAAACACUCUGAAGCUAUAUUAUCCUGUAUGGCUGGGAAGUUUAGUGUGUGCGUUUAUAUUGAGUUAGUGGGUGUGACAGGUUCACUUACACCCUAUUUCAUAGUACAAGUUGUAGAGGUUUAGGUAACACACUGAGAAAUGGAAACCCCCUUGAUAUUCCAGGAAAUCUUUCACGCCAUAUACCAGGAUACGGAGCGUUUUGAGUCAUUGCUACAGUAUAAGUUAGGGCGCAGCUGUGAGUUUCUCACAUUUUACCUUGUUUCCCAAGAAUGGUUUGUUUUUGCAACAGCUGGCUUACAUCAAGCAUCCACCAAGCAUUUUUUCAAGCACAUCUUUUUCCUUUUUGACACACCUCACAAAGCAGACCGCUGUGUCAGUGCCUUAUCUAGCCGUAAACUUCCUGUCAUUAAGUAACUCAUCCUUAUGAAGAGAGUGCAGGGACGUUCUUCGUGACUAAAGCAUCUCAUUGAGAAAAUGUAAGCAGAAAUUAACCAUGACAAGGGAAAUUUAUGCUCAUAGCUUUCAAAAUGAACUGAGAUCCAAUGAUCUGCCUCAAGUAGAGCUCUUCUUUUGUUAUAUUUGAGUUAAUUGUUCAACAUUUUACGUUUUACUUAUGGCCUUAAAUCAGAGCAACAAUCAUUAUGACAAAUUCACUACGUUGCACAAGACUUUUUUGCCCCUUCAAAAGAAUGAUUUUAUUAUAGAUUCAAAAGCAACAGAUUAAAGACAUAGAACAUUAUAUUUGAAACUCAAAGUCCAGCUGACCAUGUAAAGCAGCAAUGUUCAAAUACACUAGGCAGAGGUUUAAAAAAAAAUCUAUUUACACUGUACAUUGACAAUUCAAUUAAUUGAGCUCUUGUGGUACAAUCCCAUUAUCAUGUAGUCCCUUUUAACAUUUCACGCCUUGUAUGGGGUGUGUGUGUGUGUGUGCGACUAUAACAGAUUAGGUUUCUUAGGUUUUCAAACCAGUCAAGAUCAGUGGUCUACGUGGUUGUCUUUGUCUCAAGAUGACGGAUACAUUUUGUGGUUCACUGUGGCUUUUUUGCUUGAAGGAAAUGUUUUAACAUUGUCAAAAUCAACUCCCAUUAUGUUGGUUUGUGUUUUAUUUAUUUGUGUAGGAUCAUUUGUUAUACAAAAAAAAAAAAAAGACAGAAAA